CUUUCUUCUUUGUCUUUGUUUCUUUUGCCGUUGCGCAUGUGCCCUCAUCCUCACGCACACAUUCACAGAAACACUCAUCUACCCUUCUUCAUUACUCUUUUUGUCAUCUUUAAACACUAUAAACGCCGGCCUGAAAUUCUUUGACUGCUCCCUUCCAAAAUUAAUAGAUUAAUCCUGCCUUAAGUUUAAUUAUCAUAUUUGGUGUUUGUACAGCUGUUACCAACCAAUGGCUCUGCAGACAGACAGCAGCCAAAGUAACGGCUUUGACAAUCCAUCUUCCACCGUCACGACUGUGACUCGCGAUCAUGAUCCUCCUUCUUCGGAUGACACACUCUCCUCUCCACCACCAGUUAAACUCAGAGCACAAAACACCUCCACUUCUCAUGAAACAAAAGCACAACCAUCAGGCUUCAGCCGUUCUGAGGGUGGUAUCCUGACCAGGACUGGCAACCGCAAGUCAAAAACAGGAGUAAUAUCGGUGACAGCAGCUAAAAGGAGUCCUAAUCACGCGUCUCUAGGGUCCCGUACCUUAUUACAGGUCAUGAGAAUGUCAAAUCGUAAACUAAAGAGCCAUUAUGUCUCGUCACGGUCGCUUUCAAUUCAUCGUCAAGUGCUCGUGAAGAAUUUCCUAUCUCUUUUGUACAACUUGAGUUCACAGGAAUGGUCCGACGAUAGUGACGAAGAGGAUGAUUCUUGGGAAGAGAGCUCGGGUGAUCAAGACCAAUCUCAUUGUUUAUCCAGUAUGAUGCUUGAAGAAGACCACCAGGAUAGACGGAAAGAGCAAACUGUUCAGAUGGCUCCUGAAGUAAGCAGUAAUGAAGAGAUUGAAGAUAUAAAUGAUACCGGGAAAAGUGUCAAGCUCAAGGAAACCGGGUUGAGACCAUGGAGCAGUGAGGAUAAACAAGCCGAGGACAGCGCAAACUCAGCGGUAUGGAAGGUUGCCUUUACAUUAGGAUUGACUCAACAGGGUGUAGAAAAAUCAACGGAUACGCCUUUGCCCGAGUCAACAGAUCAUAUACAGCUAUCAUCCGGCCCCACCGCAACACCAGUAUCGUCUCACUCUUUGAGUGUAUCUCGAGCGAAAUCCUCGACUACCGUUAUACCCCUAACAAAGCCAUCGUCACUAUCCACAACUCCACCGCCCAUUAGAGGACAUCCCCGACCGACUCAUAAAGGCAGAGAUCAGCAGCCGCGUCCAAGGUCGGCUGAAAUACCUCAGUCGCUGCAGACAUACCUCUCAAAUGUUUUUGACGUAGAUUGGACGGUGGCUCUUUCUGUCUCCGAAGAUUCCCUUUUUACACAUGCAGGAUCUUUGACAGCUAGACCUCGUUCUCUAGUUCUUUCUUCAACUUCACCAGGAGGAAGCUCAGCCCUUGGUGUCCCUACAAUGCCUCCUUCUCCGACCAAAAGAGGAUCAUCCUUGGCAUCUGUUUCAUUUAAUUCUCCUUCAUCCACUUCACUGUCAAAGGCUGAUGGAUCAAAUCGUAACGUACGUGCGCCAAUUAGAGUAGAAAUCCAACUUGCGAGUCAGCACCAGAAGCGCAUCAAAACAGCUGUACGGAUGGCAUCAACUUUACCUGAAAAGGAUACUGUAAAAGAGCCCACCAAUUCGGCAGUAACUUCGAAAGCAUCUCUCUCAAAAGAGCCAAACAAAGUCAAUCUUAGCCGCAGUGGAAAUAAUAGCAGUGGAAACGGAGGGACGAAUAUGCCUGCAAAAAAUACUCAUAGCACGGCAAGAGAGACGCCUUUGAAGCAAUCUCCGAUCCAAAGUAAUAACCGAAAAUCAACGCUUGCCCCUGGUCGACAAUCAUCCCUGCAGCAUACUGGCAGCCAGCUGCUAAAGACUAGGAUUCUUGGAAAAUCCAAUAUUCGAGAACUUCAAAAUGUCGACCCCAAUAAUAAGCGCCAAGAGAAUAGGAUACCUCAAGAGCCCGACAAGACGCAAGGAUGCCAGAUCAAGACACCAAACAGGACUAUUACUGCAGCAAGAAAGAAAGCUGAUCCCAAUGCGCGUAAUGAUCGGUCAGCUAAUCCUAUUCAUACCCCGAAGGUUCUGUCUUCAUUAGCAUCUACACCAUUUUUCUCGCGACGAACUAGUUCCCUAUUUAUUGCCAAUGGAGCUGCUAAUGACCAGCCGAUUGUUCAUCGGAGCAGUAAAGGCCCUACGACGCAUGAAAUGCUGUCAACGCCACCAAUAGUAAUGAAUAACCCAUCGCAUGGACCUCAAAGUCCAUCGAGUACCCAUUCUAUGACCACUAUCAGCAAUGCAAAUAGUCAGCGGGCACAAGAUGGAUCACGUUCAUCGUUUCUCAACGGUAGAACCAUCAAUGGCUCUCCAUCAUCACCAUCGUUAUUGCAGUCAAAUAAACCCUCCGGAAAGAAGACAGAGCCGUCCACUAAAUCGUCGUCUGGGUCCCCACUUCUUCCGCCAUUUUUGUCAAACAUUCUAUCAAGCCAACAGAACCCUACAUCUACACCGCUUCAAAAGCCUCAGUUACAGCCACAGCGGCAACAGGCACAUGCACGCUCUGCUUCGUCCGCGCUCAGGGCUAGGUCACCAUCAAUUCACCAGUCUCGUAUUGAAAGUAGCGGAAUGGUGAGUGCUAGCCGGAGUAGUGGGAUGUUAAAGUUCAGUACCAAUGAUCUAACUCAGCGAAGUUUGCAAUCGCUGACCACUCCUCAGCUGCAGCACCGGUCGUCCAGGACAGAAUCUCAUCCUUAUUAUAACCAUCCACAGAAGCAAAAGCAUGAACAAAAACAGCAACAGGAACAGGAGCAACGCUCCCCCAUACUGGCAAAACACACUGGCUAUUUUGGGAAACCAGACCAUACUUUGGCAAUGCAGCUACGCGCGAUCCCCGAAAAUCAUAAUGGUUAUAGUGGUACCAAUGGGACUCAUGGGAGCAUCAAUGAUUCACACCCUUCAAAACCGACACCAAAAACAAAUAUGCAUGCUUUAGACAGUUAUCCUUCAGUACUUUGCGAUGGCAAUAUAAGGAAUGGAAGGAACAGCCCUAAUCACAACCGGCAUGAGGCUAGUGGUCAUAGUACGAAUAAUAGUAACCGCUGGUCAAGUGUCAAGUCCAUGUUAGGGCUUCGAGCUCGUUCGAAUGUAGGAAAAUGAUACCAGUUGAGAGGAGAGAGAGAGAAAAAAAACUAUAAUUUAUAAUCAGCUCAUCAUCUACAUUAAGAAACAGUUUACUUAUUUUUAUGUAAUGUUGAAGGUAAAUAGGAAUGGUGUAUAAAGGUUCUUUUCGUAUCUAUCAUUCCUUUCAUAUUUUAAUAAAUAAAGACUACAU